CAGGGGGCGCCCGUCUGAGGACGGGACGGGGGCCGGCGGUGGGCGCUGCGGCGCUGCAAGGCUCUGCGGCAUGUGCCUGCGCUGUAGGGGGGACGACCCUGUCCAGGUCAACCCCGAAAACUCGAGCUGGCGACAUCCUGCAGAAGUCACUGAAAGGCAGACCACAGCUAAACGUAUUGAGCAUAUGAGAAACCUAUGGAAACAGAAGAGGAAAUUUAAUAAACGGUUUGCAAGGCCUGCGCCUGUUCCAGAACCAGGACUCCUAUGGACAUAAAGUUGGAGUCUGUGUAGAAGAAAUCAUGGCAGACCACAGAUUUCUAACCUCAAGUGGCAUUUUGUGAUUUGAUGUCAUUCGAAAAAGUAAAGACAGUGCUCUUCAGUUCAGCAAAAUAAAC